AUGAGUUCCGAGGCCCCAGAGAUGUCGUCCGCCACGCGAGAGAUCCUUGGCAAGGUGCGCCAAAUGGUGCCACCCAUGCUGGAGAAGUUUCAUAAAGGUCAGCUGGGUCGAGUAGCUGUCAUCGGCGGAAGCGUGGACUACACCGGCGCUCCGUACUUUUCGGCCAUGGCGAGCGCAAAGCUAGGGUGUGACAUGUCUCAUGUUAUUUGCACGCCUGGCGCGGCAUCUGUGAUCAAAACCUAUAGCCCGAACCUCAUGGUACAUCCGUUGAUGCGGCAAUCGCCGCCGCCCAACUCGGGCCACCUCCCAGCUACAGACACAGACCCCGAGGAGAUCUCCAAGGGCAUCAUUGACAUGCUUGGACGAUUGCACGUUCUCGUGGUGGGCCCAGGUCUGGGACGCGACCCGCUGAUGCACAAGACGCUGGCCAAGGUGCUGGCAGCGGCACGCGAGCGCAAGAUGCCCGUGGUCAUGGACGCCGACGCCCUCGGGCUCGUCCAGACGAACCCAGAGCUCGUCAUUGGCUGGAAAGAGGUCGUGCUGACCCCCAACGUGGUCGAAUUCGGACGCCUACAAAAGGCGCUCAAGGUGGACGAGACCGAGGGCAAACAGCAGUCCGAGACGGCCAAGGUCGAGGCGCUGAGCCGCGCCCUCGGCGGCGUCGCCAUUGUGCAAAAGGGCGCCAAGGACUUCAUCUCCAACGGCGACGACACCAUCAUCGUCGACCUCCAGGGCGGUCUCAAGCGUAGCGGUGGUCAGGGCGAUACCCUCACUGGCAGCAUUGCCACGUUCCUCGCUUGGCGUAAUGCUUACCUCGAAGGCCUCUGGGAUCAUGGCGGGAAGCUUGAGGAGAAGGAGACGCUUCGCCUGGCCGCGUUUGGCGGGGCCGCUAUCACGAGAGAAUGCUCGAGACGCGCCUUUAUGAAAAAAGGUCGCAGCUUGCAGGCCAGCGACCUGACAGAGGAGGUACACCCUGCCUUCCUGUCUCUCUUUGGGGAAAAUGACCCGGACGCCAAGCUGUAA